AUGUCCCACGGCGGGAGGAGAGCGCCCUCUGGGAGCGAGGGGGUCGGGCGCCACGGUCUGGACGCCGUGGGGAGGCGCACGCGCCCGCCCCCUCCCGUUGGGACCGGAGCGCGCGCGGAGGCUGAGGAUAAAGUUGAUCCUGUCCCAGAGGAAAGGACCAUGCCCCCGGGACCUGGGUUCCUCCGGCUGCUCCGGGUCCUCCCGCUGCUGUUGGCCCCGGGGCCCCGUGUCUCUGCAGAGAUCUCGUCCAAACCGGAGGAUUACGAGUUCGGGGAUUACCGCGGGAAGUGGUGCCUGGACGAGAGCGGGUACGUGUACGCCAUCGGACAGGUGUACUCCCCCAGCCCGUUCGCGUGCCCCUGCACGUGCACGGAGGACGGGCCGCUGUGCGUGAGACCCACGUGCCCGCGCGUGCAUCCCCGCUGCACGCGCAUCCGCUACAAGGGCUGCUGUCCCGUGUGCGAAGCCAUGGCGCGCGUGUGCGUGUACGGGGGCCGCACGUACAGACCACUGGAGGAGUUCUGGGUGUCCCGCUGUGAGCACUGUCGCUGUGGAGCCAACAGAGAAGUUUACUGCAGUAUCUCAGACUGUCCCGCCCCCCACUUGUUCCUCAUCCUCUGUGUUUAUGUCAGUGUUCCUCAUCCUCUGUGUCAGUGUUCCUCAUCCUCUGUGUUUAUGUCAGUGUUCCUCAUCCUCUGUGUUUAUGUCAGUGUUCCUCAUCCUCUGUGUUUAUUGUUCCUCAUCCUCUGUGUCAGUGUUCCUCAUCCUCUGUGUUUAUUGUUCCUCAUCCUCUGUGUCAGUGUUCCUCAUCCUCUCUUGUUCCUCAUCCUCUGUGUCAGUGUUCCUCAUCCUCUGUGUAAGUGUUCCUCAUCCUCUGUGUUUAUGUCAGUGUUCCUCAUCCUCUGUUGUUCCUCAUCCUCUGUGUCAGUGUUCCUCAUCUUCUGUGUCAGUGUUCCUCAUCCUCUGUGUCAGUGUUCCUCAUCCUCUGUGUUUAUGUCAGUGUUCCUCAUCCUCUGUGUCAGUGUUCCUCAUCCUCUGUGCCCUAACUGUUUCGUAGGGAGUAGGAUCAUUGAGGCUGGAGAGCGUGUGAUCGUGGAUGACACCGUGUGUUUCUGUACGUACCGCGAGGGCUCGUGGCACACGCUGCCGUACGCCACCUGUGAGGAGCAGCAGCUCAACACCGAGCUCCCCGAGGCUCACAGGGACCAGGACUCCAGCCAAGACUCCGGCCAAGACUCCGGCCAGGGCAGAGGCUACAGCCCACGCCUGCACCUCAUCCCCUGA